GCGAUGUUACAAAGGAACGGCUCCCAGCUCCUUUUCCUAAUAGCCCUGUGCAGUGUGUUAUAUUCCCGGACUCAGUGUUUGCCAUAUGCAUCUAUGAGACCGACGAGACACGCAGACGGUCUCUUUACAAGUGGAUACAGCAAACUUCUUGGACAGCUAUCGGCGCGGCGGUACCUGGAAUCCUUGAUUGGAAAGCGAGUCAGUGAUGAUAUGAUGGAGGACCAGGUACCAGUGAAGCGCCACUCAGAUGCCAUUUUCACAGACAACUACAGUCGCUUCCGCAAACAGAUGGCUGUGAAGAAAUACCUGAACUCAGUUCUGACGGGAAAGAGAAGUCAAGAAGACCCUCCCAUGCAAGAAGAAUCCAGAAGUGAGCCCUCAUUUCUUGAGAGCUAUGAUGACGUCGAUGUAGAUCACCUUCUCAAUAACUUCCAAUUGCCACUCUGA